UGCUACAUCUGUAAUAACCAAUUGUCUAUGAUUUGCCCUCUACACUCGUUUUGCAAACUCGACGCCACUAGGCAUAUAACUAUCAAUUAUUCAGCAUACGUGUCUUUUUCGUCUCGACUUUAUUCUUCUGCAUUGCGAUCGGCCGAUCGACCGUACAAAGAAUCGCCGUCUUCCUGCUGCGAGAACGAAUAGUCGGAAUUUCUGCACCCACUGAAUUGGUGGAUGAAAAUCCAAUGUUCUCUGUUCUCACGGAAAACUAUACGAUUAUUUACAUCGUUUGUAGCGAAUCGAUAGAAUAAUGUGCGAAAUUAAUAAUACAAGAAAUGGCGUUUACUCGGUAAAGUAGUCGCCUCGGCAGCGUUCACACAACUGAUGAGAUCCGAUUUUCACACAAGGAGUUUGAUCGAGAGCUUUGAAAUUCACGUUACUGGCGAAUCGGAAGAACGAUAAUACCUACGCGACGGAGAAAUCCUAAUUAAUUCUCAAGCCUCCCUAUCUCAUUUGCUAACUCUAUUCGAAAGUAUUGAACACGCGACAACAACCACUAAAAAAAUGAGCUCCACAUGCAGCCAAGUGCUCCCGCCUUCUUAGAAAUUAUUCGCUAUUUUUUGGAAGCUCUUCCGACCGAUUUUUUUCUUUCUCUCGGCAGCGAUCUUCCCGGUUAUUCGGGUGUUCACCCGGGCCUUGGUAAUUACACAUUUCGAUAAAAUUAAUUAAACAGACCAGGGGUUAUUACAUCUUCCUGCGCGUCAGCAAUAACAAAUUGUUCGCGGUGCCUUGCGUUAGAUACACGACGAAAGCAUAUUAUAUUGGACUGAACCGUUUGGUCCGUCUGAUUUAUUUAGUUUUAAAACAGGAUAUGAUAAAAUAACAUAGAUAAACAUAGCACUAAUAAUUAGACGCAUUAUCGAUACGCGCGCGUAUCUGAGACAUCAAUUACAAUCGCGUAUAUUUACGGAAUCUUCUCGGCUAACGACAUUUUGUCGCUACGAAUAAGCAUCGUCCAAAUGAAAAUAAAAUCGAAUAGCGCCAGCUUCUAAAAUUACAGUGGCCACUUGAGCAGCAGCUUGGUUGACGCGUACGCCAUGCUUUCAACGCAUUGCCACUAUUUGUUUUUAUCUUCCUCCUUGCUCUCGACAUUUUCAAAUUUACUCUUUAUAAGCUUUCUGUCUUUGAUGCGCGCCUAUCUCACUUAUCAUAGGUUCAAUGAUCAAAUUUCAAUUAAUAAGCUAUGCAGUUUCGUAACCGUUUCCGACAAUGUAAUCUAUGCGUACAUGUGAGACAAGGUGCAACAAGGAAGAUUGAUUUUAUUGUAUAACUUUUUUUCACGUGUAACUAAUGACUGAGAACGAAUAACUCACGAAAAAGAAAGAGAAAGAGAGAGAGAGAGAGAGAGAGCUCGUAACAAUAAGGAAGCCCUGUUGUGUCCCUGAAAGUGCAGAAAGACAAAUUUGUCAGACUUUAUCGUUUGAACGUUAACCAUUUGUCAUUUGUGAACGAGUCGCAAACGAAUUUCUGAUGAGACGCAAACAAACGUCUACGGCAAUCGUCUCCGCAAUCAACGAAAAACGAAAACAAAUGGCACAGUCGUUCGAAGGCUUAUUACGAAACUAGGAAACGCGUUGCUUCGUUCACAAUUUUAACCUUUAACCUGAGCUGCACUGACAACCCGAGUUAAUUAACAUUGGAUGAAAUGAUUCGCUCUCUCUCUCUCUCUCUCUCUCUCUCUCUUUCACUCAUUCAUCUCCAGUAGCGUUAGAAAUACGAAACUCAUUCUCUUUGCAACCCUCGCGUUACAUGUUCAAUCUUUGUAUUUUAUAGCAGCGACUUCUCUCACCAAAAGUCAAUUUGUAAAAAUGAUAAAUGUUGAGCCUUCCUCUCGUACACAUGCAAUACGGCGAUUCAUUCAAAUUUAUGAUUAUCAUCUCGUAAGAAGUUACCAUUUUUUAAUUAGAGCUAUUAUUGUUUACACCAACAUCCAGUCUAUUUGAAUUCUCCGCGACGAUUGAUGAUGUCGAGUACUUAAUCGGAACACUAACGGAACACGAUUCUUAACGCAUUUCGUUUGAUUGGAUGAUUGCUCAUAUUUAACCUCGAUACCUUUGACAGAGCAUACGCUCGGUGUUUCACGAGUUACGUCUUUCAUUAUUGCGCACAAGAUCACUUCUUUGUACAAUCUUUCCAUUCAAACUUUCCAUCAACCAGAAAUUAUUUUGCGGAUAUCCCAAAACUUUGUUGCAUAUUCCUUAUUGUGUUUGCCUUGCUAAUCGAUUUGAAAUUAUUAACGAAAAUCGCUUGUUUUAAUCACUUGAUUGUUGAAAGUUUAGUGAGACGCCGCCUAUACCGAUUACUGCAAUUCAUUUUCGAAACGGAUUAUUAUUUCUUUAACUACGCUAUACGUUCUACAUAUGCACGUUGAAUCACGCGUGAAAAAUCACACGUAUUUCUUUUCUGCGCGAGUAAAGGAAGAAAACAUUACAUAACGUCUUGUCGACCGUGAAUCCCCGAAUUGAUUUUACGAUUAGCAAAUUUGAUCGGAUUUUAAUAGAAUUAGCAACUCCGGUUCGCCAUGUCGCACCUGUACAUUCGAGCGGAGCACGAAAAUCAGAUACCUUGGAAAAUCGAUAUCAAGUGCGUUGGAUAGAACAUGAGAUUACAACGUUUCGUUGGGUUUAUUUAACAUCCGCAGACUAUGGUACACGCUUCGGCAAUAUCUUUGACCAACUGAUUGAAAUAUCGAUACCGACUGUUCGUAACAUAAUUAACAUAUGUCAUAUUACCGAGGAUAUCGGUCUGUCAAUUUCGAUUACUGUUUCGUAACAGUCGACGAUGUACACGCGCGCAUAUACAUUUUUUUCUUUAUUUUGCAGACAAGGUCCAAGAAAUGCAACAAAUAUCUCGAUACGUGUGCCAAUAUCUGUGUGCGCUCGCGCCGAUAAAAUCGGCGCUAUUUCUGUCGCCACGUUAGUAACGAUAAAUCGAUCGGAUGUUUUAUUAGAGGCAAUAUAUCGAGCUUGAAUAUGAAAUAUUCGUGUUAUGCAGAGAAAAUAUGAUACUAGAAUUGAAUUCAAAAUUAAUUUCGAUUAUACGAGUUAUAAAAAGCGCGUGCCGGCAUUGCGCGCACAUAUCGUUUCAAUCUUUUCAAAUUGAUUUUACGAUUUCAUUCAAAUAGAAGGCAUCCCGUGUUGCAUCCCGCUAUAAUAGCGGAAGCAACAGAAUAGCCGCAACCCAGAAAUAAUUCUGACAAAUCGCUCCUUCAACGACAGUCUUUACUAUGCGCGAUACAAAGCCGAAACUAACACGGCAAUCGUUCAAUUAGAAACGGAUCCUGUCGAGGCGAUUCUCACUCCAUGUUUUCAAUUAAAUAAUCCGCUUGUAAUUCAUGAAUGAUUUUCGAUGAAAGUUGCAAAGUUAGUUGAAUUUCUUUUGCUGAAAAACAGUUCGAAGAGUAUCGAGAGACUUUAUCUCUCUCUCUCUCUCUCUCUCUCUCUCUCUCUCUCUCUUUCUCUCUCGCACGUAUCUGUCUGUGAUUAUCGGUGAUUAAUUUGUGUGAUAGAUUUUCUAGAAAAAAUAAUUACAAACGUAAUGGAAAUUAUUCCUAAACUAUUACGGUUCUUUGCUUUACGGAUGAAGGUAACUUAUAGAUCCGUUCGGAAAUUAUUCGCUUGAUCCAUCUGGUAGCUAUUUCGGACUCCAAAACUACUUGUUUACGAUGCAAAAUAAACAUACGCGCAGAAUUGCGAAACGCAUCGACUUCUAACUUGGCACACGUAUCCCGCGUGUGUGACAGGUAUCACGUUGCGCCGCAAUAGUCGAUCCCAUGACGUAUAUCUCGUAACGACAAUUUAUGUGCAGUGCCCUUUGCUAGCGUGUAAAUGAACGACAACCAUUCGAGAUUUUGCUUCGUACGUUCUUACUAGUGAAUGAAUACGGGCACCUGUUGCACGUCUGUACGACGAUAACACCUUUUCUUAAGAUAUAUACGCGCAAUGAGUGUGUCGAGCGCUUUUUGUCGCAACGAUCUAUUCUAAUCGUCUAAUAUGUGUGCGUGUUUGUUAUCUGACAUUUUUUCGUCGUCGAAAUAAAAAUGAAAAACUCGCUGUUGAGAAUUAACUUUGAAACUAAAAACUAAAAACUCGGGAUUAUCUAUUAUAAGAAAAACAUUUUAUGUCUGAUCGUACUACAGCACUACUACAUAUUUUAUCAAUGGCAGCUCCUGCAGUUGCCUGAUGAAUCAAGGAAAAUACUAUCCAUCACGUAUUUACAUAAAAAACAUACAUGGGAGAUAUAUUUCCCCGGACGAUAGUAAAGGGGAUGAUCACAUAAGCUGAAAACUAGCGAGAGUGCCUUACUUGGCGAAACACGGCGAGUGAGUUUGAUUUAACGAAACUUUGACGCACAGUUAUCGUUACAAUCGAAAGCGAAAAGAAUCAGAAAGUACAGUGUAGCUCAGUGUAAUGUCCGCUAUAUUGUGUCGCGAGAACGCAAAAAAGAGUAUGAGGCGGCUCAUCUCACGUGUAUGACGACGAGUCAAGUAACGAGUCGAGAGUGCAUUGUACGAAUGAUGCAGCGCGCGACAAUAAAUUAUAGUCCUGUCGUUGCAAUUCGGUUGAUUGAAAUUAUGAUUUUUGCGCAUUUUCCAGAUUUCAUUAACCAAGCAACAUUUUCCGCUGUGCGUUUCUUCGGGGUGAGAAGUAUCGUAGUUUUUAACUGUGCAAAUUACCGCAGUAUAUCCUACCUUCGCUCACGAUUCCAGCCGCGGGCAACAGUAGAGACUGUACGAGCGUUACAUCCCUUAAAACUUAAUAAGACAUGGUGGGCGAACACUCCUCUCUGGCGCGUUAGGACCACGACAGGUAGCGAAAUUGUUCUCUUACACGUGGACUAUGGGUGUUUUCCUAUGCAAAGCGGUGCAUUACAUGCAGAGCGUGUCGGCUAUCUGCUCGGUCGUCACUCUUACCGCAAUGUCGAUCGAAAGGUAUUAUGCGAUAGUACACCCAAUGAGAGCGCAAUAUACGUGCACGAUAAGCCAAGCUCGCAAAAUCGUGAUUAUAACUUGGAUCGCGGCGUUUCUAUUGGGAAUUCCAAUAGUAUUUACACAGGUAUGUAUUUAGAGACGUUGUUUAUCAAUUAUCGCACAACUCGAGACGAUUCGUCAUUUGAAAUAUUUCGUUCGUUUGUUCGUCACUCACUCAAACACGAUCCUCAUACAUUCGAGCAUAGCGAGAAGAAGUCCACAAUAUUCUUUGCCCAAACUUCUUCUCAGAUGCAUAGGCAAGUAGGACUGAGAUUCAUCGCAUACUGGUGCGUUCGUGAUUCCGAAGCUGGACUCCUGUGGCAAAUUCACGAGGUCUACAUGCUUCUUUUGGUUCUCGUCCUGCCGCUGGCCAUUAUGGCAUUCUGCUACACGACCAUUUGUUGGGAGAUCUGGCGCGUUAUGAAACGCCGUUAUCAUUUGACGUCACGACACGCAUUACAUCCGAACAACAUGGAAUCCAUACCGAUGACGACGAAGCGGCAGAGCGUCGCGAGAAACGAACGGCGGAUACGUCACGGCGACGAGGAAUCGCGGACCAUGAAACAGGUGGUGAAGAUGCUGGUGGCCGUUGUACUCCUAUUUGUACUAUGCUGGGGCCCGAUCCUCAUCGACAAUGUGCUAACCGCUUACGGUUACCUUCCUCGCAUCAAGAUCGGGAUACAGAAACACCUACACACUGCGUUUCAACUGAUGGCCUACUUUAACAGCUGCAUAAAUCCGAUAGUGUACGGGUUUAUGUCGAAGCACUUUAGAAAGAACUUCCUGUCGGCCGCUUGCGGUAAAUGGUGGAUUUGCUGCCCUAGAAGAGGCUAUCGAGCAUCCGUCGUAAGGCAUCCUAGCAUCAGCCAGACCAGGACCACCAGCAUGAGCAAAAUCGUUUCAUCGCGGAUGAAGUGAUCGUUGUGAUGUGUGAAAGAAACGUGAAACGUCAUGCGUGACCAGAGAAAUGGGAUCGAAAGCAGGAUCAAUGAGGGAUUCAAUAUGUUCGGUAUACGUCAUAGAGUGCCGCCUGUGUACAACAAUUCCGCUUUAGUAUUCUUGAUAAUCUCUCUCUCUGUGGUUAACGUAAUGUAUUAGCGCGAAAUUUUCAGACAGAAUGAAAAUUUCUCUUUAUCGUAUCGGUCAAACACUCUGGAAUGCCAACAAAUUAUUCAAAUUAUUACAUUCAUCUUUCUUGAAGACGAUAAAAAGAUUUCCGACCGUAUAAUCGCACAGACGAGAAUCCGCCAUUGCGCGCGCACACACACACACACAUAUACCUAGUGAUAAUUGAUGA